CCCCCCCCCACCCAAUUUUGUCUGUCCCCCAUUGCACCUCAUUUGGGUUAAUCCUUUUCUUUUUCUUUUUUAAUCUUUUUCUUUUUCAAUUUUGUUUUGGGUUUUGAUUUUUGUUUUUUGGGGAGCUUUUGGGACCUGGGUUGGUGAAAAAAAUGGUAAUUGAGAAGUGGGUGUUGUUGGGAUCGGUGCGAGGAUGAGUAAAAUACGUGGCAUGGAAGUUGGGGCUGCGAAUUUAGCUUCAUUGCCUCAAUGCAUUGUCGUCGAAUGCCGAUUCCGUUCGCAAUCGGCAUUCGAUUCCUUCUGCAUUGCCUCCGAAGCCUUCUCCGAGCAUCGCCAUUGUCAUUAUGAUCUCGGGGUUAAUCUGCGGCGAUUGCUUUGAUUGUUCUCCAACCCAAAAAACCAAUAAAAGAAAAGGGCUAAAUUGACCCGCGAUUCAAAUAUAAAAGAGUAAAAAAAAAAAAAUCUAAAUCCCUGUUGUUUUGGUAGCUGUUUGGUUCUUGGCAGGAAUGAGUUCUAGUGCUGGAUCCGUAACGCCAGCGAAUAAUGGAGUGUGUGGGACGAUGGUCGAGCCUCCUGAUGCCGUGGUUGAAUAUGUAGAGAAAGACUCGACCGGUCGAUACGUUCGGUACAAUGAAAUUUUGGGCAAGGGUGCUUUCAAGACCGUUUAUAAGGCAUUUGAUGAAGUUGAUGGAAUAGAAGUUGCCUGGAAUCAAGUGAGGAUUGAUGAUGUCUUGCAGUCACCAGAAGAUUUGGAAAAAUUGUAUUCUGAAGUUCAUCUGCUGAAAUCUUUGAAACAUGAUAAUAUCAUCAAGUUCUAUAAUUCCUGGGUGGAUGAUAACAAGAAAACUGUCAACAUGAUGACUGAGCUCUUCACAUCUGGGAAUCUUAGGCAAUACCGUAAGAAGCAUAAAAAUGUCGAUAUGAAGGCCAUAAAGAAUUGGGCAAGGCAGAUUCUCCGAGGUUUAGUCUAUCUUCACGGUCACAACCCACCUAUUAUUCACAGGGACUUAAAAUGUGACAACAUUUUUGUUAAUGGAAAUCAUGGAGAAGUUAAGAUUGGAGACCUUGGAUUGGCAACUGUGAUGCAGCAGCCUACUGCUCGAAGUGUGAUUGGGACUCCUGAGUUUAUGGCUCCUGAGCUAUAUGAAGAGGAAUAUAAUGAACUUGUUGACAUAUAUUCUUUUGGGAUGUGCAUGUUGGAGAUGGUUACUUUUGAGUAUCCAUAUAGCGAAUGCAAAAAUCCUGCUCAAAUCUAUAAGAAGGUUAUCUCUGGCAUCAAACCUGCUUCCCUUAGUAAGGUAAGUGAUCCCCAAAUUAAGGAGUUUAUUCAGAAGUGUCUGGUCUCAGUGUCUGAGAGAUUGUCUGCAAAGGAGCUUCUUCAAGACCAAUUCCUUCGAGUUGAGAAUCCAAAGGAACCAAUCCGUGAUCCGUUACAGUUACCUGACCAAAGUCCCAAAGCAAAUGGUUUAACCAAGUCAGGCCCUCAUUCCAUGGACAUAGAUACUGACUAUAAGAAGAUUUCUUUAAGCACGUGUUCCGGAAGCAACAAUGAGAGCCAAUGCUGUCCAGUUUUGGAAUUUCAGAGGACAAAUAAGAACAAUGAAUUUAGAUUAAAAGGCAAGAAAAAUGACGACAAUUCAGUAUCAUUGACGUUGCGUAUUGCCAACUCUUGUGGUCGGGUACGGAAUAUACACUUUCUCUUUUACCUUGAUACUGAUACUGCACUUUCAGUGGCCGGCGAGAUGGUUGAGCAACUGGAGUUACCAGAUCAUGAUGUGGCAUUCAUAGCUGAGUUAAUUGAUUACUUGAUAAUGAAACUCCUACCUGGGUGGAAGCCUUCAUCUGAUUACUCCUCAAGCGGAGCAAGAACUCCCCAUGAUGUUUCCCCAGUCUUGGAAGAUGGCAAAACAUUAAUGGCAUGUCCGUGGGAUUUAAUGCUAACUAGUGAUCCAGCUGGGUCGGUGGUUGAACAAGAUGUUAUGUCGGGGGUAAAUACUACAUGUCCUCAAGAAGGUGUUAUCUGCAAUAAUCCUGACGGCAAUAUUUGCCAUGGUGACUGUAAUUCUUCCCCAAGUUUGGCUAAUCUCGAAGAUGAACAUUCUGAAGCAUCCGUUGCUUCAGAGAUACUGGUAGAAGAUGCUUCCAACAAAAAUGAAAAAGCCUCUGAAUCCGUUGAUCGCCAUAUCGAAGGAAGCUAUAAAGGCUUGAGUGGAUCCUUCUCUGAGCUAGAGCUUAGGGAUACAUAUUAUGAUGACUGCAGAUUUCAAGGAAUUGAUAGCAGUGGUGCAGAAUGCAUCGUUGACGAAUAUGCAAAGAACUCGUUGCCUGUUCUACGUGGAAAAUCAAACCUUAUGAGUUUGACAAGCAGCUGUUCGUCAUUGUCCGAAGCAAACAAAGAUGUAGAUGUUGAUCUAAAGUUGGAACUUGAUGCAAUUGAGGCACAGUAUCAGCAUUGGUUUCAGGAACUUUCUAGGAUGAGGGAAGAAGCAUUGGAGGCCACCAAAAAGCGAUGGUUAGCAAAGAAGAAGCUGGCUGUCCAUUGACUAAGAGCAUGUAGCUGAACCCUCUUUUUUUCUAUUCGUUUCAUUGUUGGCCGUAAGAUCCUCUGAAAUUUCUAUCGAGGGUUGUGAUUUAUUAAUUGGAAACUCAUAUGGGACGCU